AUGUCUGUUGUGUUGUUGCAGGUUCCCAAGCGUAACACCAGCCUACAGCGCAACAACCACGAACUCUCCCUCCAAGUACACGACCUCCGCGCCAGACUAGGUUUACCCCUGGCCUCUACCCCUCCUGAGAAACUGGGUAAGGUGGGCGGGGUGAUGGUGGGCUGCUUGUCUUCCCCGAGCCUGGAUGUGUCCCCGACUUUUGGCGUGUCUACCAGGACCUCCAUAGACAGUGUCCUUGGCCUCCCUGUACCGCUGGACACCAAGCACGAGGAUGUCCUUAGUACGUGUUCGUCGGACGGCAGCAGCAGCGGGUGUCUGGUUCCCGGACCAGACUUGCCUGGGGCCGCCCAUCUGGAGCGUCUGGCACACCUUGCUGACUCCCUGCUUAUAGCCUCCAGGAAUAUCAGCCGGACCUCAGGGCUCAUUCCCUACCAUGGCUUUGAGAAAAUUACCUCGGCCACCUCCCUGGGUGACCUCACAUCAGGGACAACUUUUGGCCACAUGCGGUCGUCACUGGCACUGUCCAGGGCAACUUCGUCGUCCGUGGGUAACCUGACCAACCUGUAUCCAGAUCGUAAAGACAAGGCGACCAGCCCAAUCUCCAAGUUAAACUGCCGGGUUAGUGAGUUUAGUACCUUGGUAUCGCCGGGGUCAAAGGUCAAAUCCCGGAUGAGUGAGGCCAUUUUAGCUGCUCCGGUGAAGGAGAGGAGGUCAUCUUUUCGACUCUAUAACAGUGACAGCAUCGAGGAAGCAGAUGAAGAGGAGGUGACGACCGCCCGCUCUGGCAGUAGGAUGAGCGCCUCGCAGGGCUCGUCCAGCACCUUGAAGGACUCAUCCAGCCCCUCACAGGGAUCGUCGAGAACCUCCCCAGCUUCCAGCACCAGGGUCACCCACCUCCUUACGGGAGUCUCCUGGCGUCUUAUAGGGCUUGUCCAUCAUCUUUUAAAAAUAAAACUCUUGGCAGGAGUAAUCUAGAACCCGUCCAGCCUCCAAUAGCUCGUAAGGGUUUCUUAGCAUCUAACAGUGAUCAUUUGUCACCAUGACGGUGUCAGCAACACCUUACAGGAGUCGUCACACACCAGAAGUGGUCGUGAAUCACUCCCAGCCUCCAGACUGACCACAGCCUUGGUCAUCAACACAACAGUACAACCAGUGGACUGUCUUUUCGGUGAUCCAAUACACUCUUCAGUUAAACGUUCAUUGCAAUAAAGACUUCUAUUUCGAAACGUAUUGCAGAUGCUACAACAAUGAGUUACGUUUCCCCGCCCGUCUUUGACAAAGUGGUUAAACCAAUUUAGCUGAAACAGUUACUCAGUGAACAAUAUUAAAUCCGUUGUAAUUUGUUAUAUAUAUAUAUAUAUAUAUAUAUAUAUAUAUAUAUAUAUAUAUAUAUAUAUAUAUAUAUAUAUAUAUUUACGUACUUUAACAAUUAAGGGCCUCAAGCCCAUACUCUUAACAAUUUAUGGCUUGGCAUUUACUUAUUGGUACUGUACAGCAACAUGUAAUUUGGAUCUUUUUUAUAUUCAAUUUCAUGAGAUUCAUAAAAUGGUGCUUUAAAUGAUUCAAUACUGUAUAAAAGUUGAGUGCGAACUAACAGGAAACAUAAGUUACAUAACAUACCUCUCAUUUUUAUUUUGGUUUAUUGUAAUUGGUUGCUAUAAUAUGGCAACAGUUUCCUUUUCAAUAUAAAAUUACUAAAAGAUAUUAAUCAAAUUCUUUUAGUUACAGGCUGGAAUUUCCAAUGAUAGAAUCACAUAGUUGAGAAUAUUAGUUCUAAUGAAUUUCGCGUUGCAACAUGAAUGCAUAAAGUGUGCUGUGGGACACAUUGCAUUUCAAACAUUAAUUUACUACUUUAGGGACCAAUAUUUGCCUGACAAUUUAAGGGUAACUUACAAAAUUAAUGAUGUUAGUAGUAGGCAACCAUACACCCAUCGUCCCAUCCUUGAAUACUAUACGUAUAUCCCAAAUUAUGAAAACGGUCUUGGUCAGAUCUUCAGAAAGUGGCUCUACUAGUUUUCAUACAGUAUCUUCUGGAAUCUGUUAUCGGGAAUUAGGUCUUUUAAGGUUAACAAUACAUUAAUUUGAGAUAAUUUUAUUAAUUUCAAAUGAAGAAUUACUUGUUAUUUUCAUUUAUCAAGAUACACUGAAUCAAUUGACAAGAACUGCACAAUAAAUUAAUUUGGCAUAUAACGUAGAUGCCUCCAGAAAAGAAUAUAUUGGCCAUUUUGAAUUAAGAAUUUUAUAGUACCAAAUGUUUUGAUACGACAAUUUCUCCAAACGUUUUAACCAGAAGCAUUACAGCGUGAGUGUUUCAGCAUCCGACCUGACCUUAACUAACUUAUCUCCCAAACUAACAUAACCAAUACAAUCCAGGCUGAAGCACCCAGAGCUGAAGUGUUGAUGGCUAAGGCAGCUGGCUUGAAAACAUCGCCAAUUAAAACGUUGGGUCAAAUAGGUAACCAACCCAAUUAAUCAGAAAUUCUUAACCAUCUAUUCUGGAUGCAUUUACUACACUGAAUUCUUUUCCUUCUACGCCGGAUACUGUACGCACCAUAAAAAAAAGAUAAUAGUUUCUUUGUCAUUAUUAAAUAAGUUCCUUCAUCGUACGACAUGUUGAGAUAUUACCGUACGUCAAUUCUUAUCUCAUACCUUAGACGUCCAACUACUCGUGUCUUAAAGAUUGCCCUUACCCAAUUCGUAUCUCAAAUUUCCCCAUAAUGUAAAUCCCAGGAUAAGGUUUUCUAUUGUUAUUUGGGAACCUUGAAUUUUGACACUGCGAAUAACAGAUCCCAGUAUAAGAUAUAUAUUUUUUCUAUUUAUUGAAGUAUUUUUGCAGGGUUUGUGUGAGGGCUAUUACUCUAAGCGGGGAAGUAAGAUUAACCAUAAAUACUACUGUACACAAAAAAGUUAUACCAAGUUUAAAAUUACUGAUGAUGAUGAUGAAUAUAUCUUGUGGUCCAGAAUUGUCUUUGCAUUUCUAGAAUAUUUUGUAAUAGGCUACAUAUACUUAAAAAUAAAAGGUGCCUUUCACUGUAGUUAUGUAAUUAAUGUAUAGUGUAUAAAAUCCAUUGUACAUUUAUACAGAAUAGGCUUUUGCUUGUGUAUUACUGCACAAUAAAAUUAUAUUAGAAA